GUUACGUAUGUAUUAGUUUGUUACCAGUUUUGCAAUAAAUUUUAAUUUUUUUUUUAAACAUUUAUACAAAUCUUUUUCACGGAAUAAACACUUUGUUCGCGAAGGUGGUAUUCAAAUCUCGAUGUAAAUGGAUCGUAUUUCGAAUAAAUAAACAUCCACCAGAGAAAGAUAUGAAGUUUGCAUCAUUCACUUGCAACAUUCAUCGAUUCUCUCGCGCUAACACUCGGAACAAUGCAACAAUUAGGUGGGCCUGAUCCUGCUCAACUUGUCGAAAUAUUUCCUACAAACAUCACUGUGGACACACCAUAGAGCCGUUUGGUUUCGUUCUAUCUCUCUCACGAUCAUCAUCGCCACACGGUUGGCAAUGGUGGUGUUACCUUCAGGCGGAAGGGCCGUAGAUAUGACAAUGUGUUUGAAUGUGAAACGUUAACGUUACUUUAUGUAGCGAGAUCUUCAUUCCUACAUAUUAUUAAUAAAGUUAUUUUUUUACCUAAUUUUAGUUAAUUUAUUGUAAGCAUGAGUCAGAAGUUCAGUAAUUCGUUAAGUGAAAUAUUUUACAAUGUUCAAUUCAAUAAAACUUGUCAUCAAAGUAAUUUGAAGCUUUUGAAGAAACAUUACGAGAAGACGGAAUUCCAAGCUUUCUGGAAUUCUUUUGUCCAGAACUUCAGAGUUCCCCUCAGCAUUGCAGAAAAGCAUCCAAGAGUUCAGAACACUUUGGAAUUUGUUGCCAAGUUUGCUGUCUGUUUAUAUACCGUUUCAAAUGAGGAUGGAGAAGAAGAAGAACCGCUGUGCCCUUUCCUCGUUAAAAUGUUCGAUUUCCUUCUAACGAGUCAUAAUGCUACGGAUCCAGCUGUGAGAUUUCGUAUUUGCCAGUUUUUAAAUAUUUUAUUGAAUUCCAUGGGAGACCAGGCAUUUGUAGACGAUGUUCUCUGUGACAAAAUAACUGUUGCUAUGAUGGACCGUUUGCUGGAUAAGUCGCCGAAAGUCAGAGCCCAAGCUAUUUUAGCAUUGCACAGACUUCAAGAUCCAUCAGACGAAGAAUGUCCAAUUAUAAAAAUGUAUAUAUUUCAUGCUUCAAAAGAUCCAAAUGCUGAAGUGCGUAAAGCUGCAUUAUUGAGUAUGGGAAAAAAUAAAAAUACGUUACAAGUGGCAUUAAAACGUACCAGAGAUGUCAAUGAAGGAGUACGUAAAAUGGCUUAUGAAUUUCUUAGCAAAAUUACAGUGAGAUCGUUGACUAUUACACAGAGAGAUCAAUUAUUGAAUGAUGGCCUGAAAGAUAGAUCGGAAAUAGUCAGGAAGUGUGUGGAGAAUAUUUUGUUGCCGUCAUGGCUACGACACUUUAAUGGUGAUUUUAUUGGUUUGGUGAAAGCUCUUGAUGCUGAAAUUGGAACGGAUGUAGCAUCAAUGGCUUUGGAAACAUUAUUUAAGAAGAGUGCAGUAACUACGUUGAUAGAACAAUUGCCAAUAAAUAAAGAAACAAAGUUAAUCCCAGUUGAUAAAUUGACCAGUGAGAAUAUAUUUUACUGGAGGUGUUUAAUAAAACAUUUUCAUCGCGAAUCUUCUGUGGAACAGCUGGAGAUGAUUUUACCAGAAUUAUCCACGUUUUGCACAUAUAUUUCAGAUUACAUAGUAUCAAUAUCAACAGAUCAAAAUGACGCGUGGGUGAAACACAUGCAACAGUUCAUUCAUUUACAAUUGUUCGAGAUUGUAACUACGUAUGAUCUGUCCGAUGAAGUUGGAAGGAAGAAAUUGGAUGAAUUAAUAUGUAAUACAUUGAUGAGCACCCACUGGUCUGAAAAAAUUAUUCAAUGCGUGGUUACACAUUUGCAGAAAGUUAUACCGGAUACAAAUACUAGAGUGGAUGCAUUGGCCAAUAUAAUCAGCGAUAUAAGAUUGCCUCUGAAAGAAGCUACACAGAAUAUACAAAUUUCUGAAAAACAACAGCACGACCUUACUCUGAAAAGAGCAAAACUUAAAGUCAAAUUGUUGGAACUGAAGGAAGAGGAAUAUCAAGCUAUACAGAACAAACAGUAUUUGAGAGCUGAUGAAUUGAAGAACGAGAUCGAUACAUUAAAUGGAGAGAUCAUGAAGUUGUCGGAAGAACCUCAGCUUGUAACAGUUAUGGAGGAAAUGAAGGAGAAAACUGAUUCGGAAACAAUGAUCAAAUGUUUAACCAUAAUAUGCACCAUGAUGCAGUCAGUGACCUCGUUAACACCGACCAUUAGAAGUAUGAUGCAAAUAACACUGGACAGUUUAGACCAUCCAGAUGACAAAGUUCACAUUCUCGCAAUAAAGGCACUCGGUAUUUUUUGUGUACUGGAUAAAGAAGUUGCUAGGAAACACAUUAUGGUGCUGUUUCUGCAAUUCUCUUUGGAACAAGAAAAUCCGGAGAUCUGGACCAUGACAUUGAAAGGAAUUUUUGAUCUCUUGUUAUUUUACGGACUUGAAUAUUUUGAUAUGUUAGGAAGUGAAGAUGUGACUACCAACAGAACUGAAAAAUCACGCACCGUGAGACUGUACACCGAUACUAAUGACGAAAUUUCUGUGUCAUCGGCACAACACUCCAACACAGAGGAAGGCAAUCACAGUUUUAUCAAAAUUUUGACAGGGUUAUUGGACAACACGGAUCAAGGUAUACGCACGAUUGCCACUGAAGGUCUUUGCAAACUGUUACUAAAUCGUCGAAUAAGCAGUUCGAUUUUGUUAUCAAGAUUAAUUCUUCUAUCGUAUAACCCUGUGAACGAUAAUGACUAUUACCUACGGCAAUGUUUGAGUGGUUUCUUCGACAACUUCCUGUUACGAGUACCGGAUGCGCAUCAAAUGUUCGAGGAGGCUUAUUUACCGACGUUACAAGUUAUAUGCAAUGCACCUGAAACCAGCCCCUUGCAGGAAAUUGAUCCUUAUGAAGUUUCCAAAUUCAUGUUGAGCUUAACUAGAUUUAAAUGUAGCAAAUCUGGGAUUUAUUGUCCUCACAACAGUCUCGUUUUCGUUAUAUUGGCGGAAGUAUUGAAUCCAAUGAGCAGCAUUAGCCGCGGGGUUCUUAUUAAAUCCUUGAGAAAUUUACAUUUGGAAUUUGAAGAUAAUGCGACUAAAGAAAAUCUAGUAUCCGCCAUCGAUAAGGUCGCUGAAAUGAUGGUCGAAGACGAUAAACGAUUAUUCAGCUACGUGAAUGAAUUCAAGCGGAAAUUAGAAACUCCAAAUGUUAUCGACGUGUCGGCAGAAGACGAAGAUACAGAAGAUGACGAAUAGUCUUGCGUAUUUUAUGCAUUUAUGGGAGAAUUGUAGUAGUUGCAAUUUAAGGUAUUAGAAAGUUAAAAGAAUCGAACAGACUUUAACAUUUGGAUCUUUAGUAGCACGAAAUAUGUACAUAUAUUUUUAUAAUUAGACACUGCUCAUCAGAUGAAUCUUGAAGUCUAUGCUAUUCAAAGAUGGCAUUAUCCGUAAAAGCCGGAUCUUCCACAGAAUUCAAUAAAAUGUUAAAAAAGUGGCAAAUGCGUUACCGUGUUCAUCAAAGUUAUUUCGUUCUAAAAUGUGUUUUGUUACUCCAGGUAACAAGUUACUCCAGGGGUAUAGUUCACAACAAUGCUCGGCGACUCCUACCUCUAUCUCUGCAUUACGAAUUUUCGAACCCUAAUAUGACGUUAUUAUAAGAAACUCGGAAUUGUACAGAUCGUAGUGCACUAUGCGGAAACCGUGUAAUGAGAGUUCCAUUUUAUAGGAGGGUUUACUUUAGUGGCCGACAAUGUUUCGUUUUCCUACGAGCGAAUUUCAACUGUUUUUAAUACCCACACGGAACAUAAAAAUGUACAUGUCUAAGGUACGAUUUGUUUAAUUUUGUAAGUUGUCUGAUAAAUAAUUACGAACGAAUUAUUUAAUACGUCACGAAUUAGUGACCCGUGAAGGUGUAUUAUAAGUUUUAAUAGUUUUAUAAUUUUAUAAGUUACAAUAAAGUUUUAUUCCAAUUUCUGAA